CAGUGAGUGUGGGCUGGGUGCUGUAGGGAUGGUGCGGGGACCCAGGGCAGAGAGUUCCCUACAGAUCCCAUGUCGGGGGAACGAUGAUCAGACCACAUUAGCUUAUCGUCCUCUCAUCCAGAGAGAAAAGCGAAUGGCCAGGGUGUUAUAAGGAGCCUUGACGAUACCUCCAGCCUUCCUGAGGCGACGCACCGUGAAGAUGGACUGGAUAGGAGUGAACGAGGAUCCUGUAAUGGACGGGGCUGCGUUCACCACACUCUGCAGGUUCAGGACAAGCAUGCUGAAGGCAUCGCUCUGCAUCGCCUGGAUCAGCCUCUGCUGGGCAUCUGCCACGGGUCUGCCAGAUACAGGAAGCAAGAGGUAUGAGAAGGCAGUGAACAUCAAGAAGGACCUCCACCAGCCGGUUCACCGGGAACUCGCGUCCUCUGCGCUGCUGCCCUGCGUUUUCUCUGUGCUCCCAAGUUCACCCGUCGACCCCUCGCUGCUCCCCGACUCCCCGCGGAUCAAAUGGACCAAGGUGUCGCUGGAAGGCGGUAGCAGGAAGGAAGUCGUCAUCCUGGUGGCCAAGAACAACACGGUGAAACUCAACCCUGCCUACCGGGGCCGGGCCAGCCUGCCGGGCUACGGGCCGCUCCAGUACAACGCCAGCCUGGAGAUGGUGGCUCUCCGCGCCAGCGACUCAGGCAUCUAUCAGUGCGAGGUGGUGGUGGGCAUGGACGAUGAGCAGGAUACCGUGUCGCUGCACGUUACCGGGACUGUGUUCCACUACCGCACCGGCAACAGCAGGUACACGCUCACGUUCGAGGAAGCCACACACGCCUGUGGGCAGAACGCGGCCAGGAUCGCCACACCCCAACAGCUGCUGGCUGCCUUCCAGGACGGCUUCAAUCACUGUGACGCUGGCUGGCUGUCCGACCAAACCGUCAGGUAUCCAAUCAGAACACCGAGACCUGGUUGCUAUGGAGAUAAGUUUGAAUACCCAGGCAUCAGAACCUAUGGUGUUCGGGAUCCUGAUGAGCAGUAUGACGUCUACUGUUACAUCGCGGAGCAGAAAGGCACCGUGUUUCACCAGUCAACAACAAGCAAGUUGAACCUGACCGAGGCUCUGCACCACUGCCGGACCCAGGGGGCGGAACUGGCCACCGCUGGCCACCUGUUCCUGGCCUGGAGCCGGGGCUUGGACCGCUGUGACGCGGGCUGGCUGGCCGACGGCAGCGUGCGUUACCCAAUCAAUGUCCCGCGCAGGAACUGUGGUGGAGAUGUGCCCGGGGUCAGGACCAUCUAUCAGCUCGCAAACAGGACGGGCUUUCCUGACCCUGGUUCAAAGUAUGAUGCCUACUGCUUCAGAGCGGGUGGUGUGGCCGGAGUUCCGAGUAGCGUUGCGGCGGAGAGCGGAGAGCUGGACACGGGGGAAGAGGGCAGUGGCGGGGAGCCCUCGUCUCCGGAGAUCCCGCUGAGCGACUGGUCGCUGUACCUGGAGCUCCCCACUCGGCAUCAGCAGCAGCAACACCUAGGCCGCGGGCAGCCUGCUCCGCACAGGCCUGGCCACUCCGGCACAGAGAGGCCGGCUCCGGGCGAGAGGGACCGUCUCAUCCCGGUGCCCAGCCCACGACCGCCGGACCCCACAGCCGCCGGCCUUCACACCCCGGAGACACCGGGCAUGGUGGAAACCAACGAACUGCCCGAGUCGGAGCGCCCGCCCGCCGCUGGCAACGGACUGGUCCAGGGCUGGGAGCAGAUUCAGGCGCCGCCAUUGACCAGAGCGGAGAGCGGAAAUCUUGCGGACCCCACGGACCCGAGCAGCCCUACACCGGGAGAGACCCAGGGUUCGGGCACCAGCCGCCCGGCACCGGGAGAGACCCAGGGUUCGGGCCGACUGCACAACGUCGGGAGGAUGGGAGACAGCUCCGAGCCAGCUACCUUCACGGAGCCAGCUAUCCCCGAGCCAGCUACCUUCAUGGAACCAGAGACCGCGACAGAGCGGAGUGGGGCACAGUCCGGCACCGCAGAGCCGGCUGCUGCCGAGGCCAACAGGUCGAGCAGCGAGGAGAAAAUAGACGGCGCCAAGAUCAAAAGAGCCGGUGAGGAGAAUCGGACGGGAGGGGAUGUGGCGUGGACAGACGCGACGGCGGAGACCGGCACGGGGAGCGGGGCUAGCGAGCCUUUACUGACCGAGGCCGGGGCCGGGGAUGGGGACGGAGACCACGGGCCAGCGGAGAGCACCAGCCACACGCCCGGCACGCCGCUGGAAGCGGGCAUAGAGGCCUCUGGAGAGACCGCUCCUAAAGAUGACCCGGAAUACCUAUCGGCCUCUCCCAACACGGGGACGGGAAACAGCGCUCGUUUGGUCUACCUCGGAGGAGAGGCAGAGACGGAGCCGACCCACAUACCCACAUCUCCCGGGAGCAGUGAGGGUGGGGAUCCCGGGGAGAGGCAGAGCACGGUGGGCGAUGGGAGGCAGGAGACCGCUCGGCCCCUCCCGGUACUGGCUCCGGACGGUGGAGACGAUGCCAGCGGGGACCCGAGCCACCUCACCGUCUCCUGGACCCCGCGACCCGCACAUUGGACACUUAGUUCUCGGCAGGAGACGCGCACACCGACCGGUGCGGACGGAUCCCGUGUCGUGCAGGGGCGAGCGAGCCGCGCGUUCUCCGCCACCACUAGGAGCCUGUUCGCUCGCACGGACUCUGAGCAUCGACCGCCCCUCCCCACACUGCCUGCGUCCGAGGGGGUUAGAAGUGCGACCUCGCCCCCUCUCCUCGCCAGGGAAGGGAUUAGCAGCACGGUCCGCGCCGAGCAGCCGCAGCGGGUGACGGUGACGUUGCAGGAGUUUCGCCUCAUGAAGUUGGAGAGGGAAUCCGGGUCCCCGGAGGAACUGGGCGGCAGCCAGCCGGACGUGAGGGAUGCCCCGGUGGCUACACUAAUGCCGGGCCCGGCGUCGCCAGUGGCCGCGAUGCCAACGGGAGAGACGGAGACUGAAGCACCUUCCCCGCCACCCUCCAGCACACCUGCGGCCGCGGCUGCGGUGGGAUCGACGGGCCGAGCGGCUGCUGGCAUCUGGGAGGAUAACAUAUCCACGGGUGGCUCAGGAGCCGCGUGGUCGCCACACACCGAGGGGGCCGGUACCGCUCCGGACAACCCCACCCAUCAGGCGGAGCUGGGCACCCCGGCUUCGGCCAGGACACUGCUUGCAAACGCACCCACCUUGGCCGAACGGGGACCGACCCAACACGAUUCAAAUGUGGCUUGGCCAAUUGUGACUAGUGCGGGAGAGAAGGGACACACGGACACUGUAGAAAUCUCCGGCACGACCCCAGCAACCGCGUUGAACGCACACGCUGUCAAGGAAAGGAAGGGGACGAUUGGACCAUUCACUGAUGCCAACACCAAUGCACAAUCUGAAUCUCCACCAACCUCGGCCAAGGGGGCUACCACAGACUGGUCGCCGGUAGCAGUGACGGCGGGCACAGCAGAGGAGGACGCGUUGCCCAGUGUGGAGCGGCCGGACUUGGAAGACGAGGGCUCCGCUUCCAAGGAAGGUCCCGAGAUCUUCACGUUCCUCCCGCUUCCCACCUUGUCCCACCACACAGAGUCCUCUCGCCCUGAACCCGAGGCGGAAGCAGCGGGCAGCGUGGACAGUGCGGCACCACGCCGCCCCCCGCUGCUCUCCUCCACCGAAGCCAAGCUGGCGACAGCUGACGAUGAAGGCGAGGGUUCCACUCUCCUGGACCAGACGACCAAGGACCUCCUCAACCCUGCCUCGGGGCAAGGCGCAGACGGAUGGGCCGCCACGCCGGGCGCGGUCAGCUUCAACGACUCUGAAGAGGAUUCCGUCUUUGUUGCAGCAGGGGAACCAGACCCUUGCCAGAUGAACCCCUGCCUCCAUGAGGGAAGCUGCUUAUCCAAUAGCACCAUCUACACGUGCAACUGUGUGGCUGGCUUUGCGGGAGAGAACUGCGAGAUAGACAUCGACGAGUGCCACUCCAGCCCAUGUGAGAACGGAGCGACUUGUGUGGACGGGAUCAAUUCCUUCACCUGCCUCUGUCUGCCCAGCUACACCGGCAGCCUGUGUGAGGAAGAUACGGAGGGAUGUGAUCACAACUGGCAGAAGUUCCUGGGCCACUGCUACCGAUACUUUUCCCACCGACGCUUGUGGGAAAACGCAGAGAAGGACUGCCGGAGUCACGGAGCUCACCUGGCGAGCAUUCACUCCGUGGAGGAGAAGGAGUUCCUGAACGGUCUGAGUCGGGAAUACGCCUGGAUCGGUCUGAACGACAGGACGAUCGAGGAGGACUUCCAGUGGACAGAUGGCACUCCCUUGCAAUACGAAAACUGGCGGAUAAACCAGCCCGACAGCUUCUUCGCUGGAGGGGAGGACUGUGUUGUCUCCAUCAGGCAUGAGAAUGGGAAGUGGAACGAUGUACCGUGUAACUACAACCUGCCCUACAUCUGCAAGAAGGGCACAGUGCUGUGCGGGACUCCUCCUCCCGUGCCCCAUGCCACGGUGAUGGGCAGGAGGAAGCUCCGAUACCCCAUCCACUCGCUGGUCCGCUACCGGUGCCAGGACGGCUUCACCCAGCGCCACGUCCCCACCAUCAGGUGCCACGCCAGCGGCAAGUGGGACCGGCCCAAGGUCCUGUGCCUCAGCCGAUCAGCUGGAAACCGCAGGUCACGAAGGCACCAGCACAAAGGCAGCAGGAAAGAGAAGCGAAAGCACAAAAAGCGCACGGAGUCGCCCCGGAGGGAGAUGAAGCACUUCUACUGAGCAGAGGUACCCUGCGGAGGGGAGGCCGUCGCGCCGCAAGUACACGACACUGACACUCAACAAGAUGUUUUGUUUCGAGCACCCCUCGUCGGGGUGUGAAAGGGUUGUUUUUAGUUUGCGAGAGUUAUGUCACGUAUUUUUCUAAGAAAUAAUUGUGGAACUUUAAGGUAAACGUGUUGAUCGAUAAUCAGUAGGUGUUGGAGAUUAAAGCGGUUCACAGGCUCGUCCCCGCUACAAGUGUUCGGUCUCGAAAUGUGAAUGAAGACUAGCCAAUAAUCCUUUCAAAAAAGGCACAAUCAUUAAUUUUUUUUUAAACUGAUGGAUUAUAGAUGAGGCUGGUUUAAAAAUAGAUGCUUGAGUGAUUAGUCACGGAGCCUGGUCACACAGAUCCCAGCUAGAGUACUGCCCCUGACCAGUAACAUUCCCAUUAAUGCAGCACUUGUUGUUUUUUAACUCGUUAAACCUAUUAAUUAAAGGCAGGUUAAUACAUGACUGUGGGAAUACAGUUAAUGAGUUUUGUUCCUCGUUAUAUUGCCAGCAUGUUUGCAACCCAAACAUUUCAGUAAAACCUGCAGGGACUUUUCACAGCUUAACACAACGGCUUGGUUUUGCUGGGGAGGCGAGGGCAAUAUUUUACAAACAAGUAAGUCCCUUUGUUCACGCCAACACCUCACGCUCAGGGGGGGUUUGUGUGUGGUUAGUAGUGCAGACUUGAGGACUCGCUUUGAGCCCAGGAACACACUACUAGUUACACUUUGGUUAACUUGGCUAAACCCAAGAACCAACCCUGAGAUUGUCCCGAAGACAAGCGCAAAGUGCUGGAGUAACUCAGUGGGGUCAGGCAGCAUCCCUGGAGAUAAAGGAAUAGGUGACAUUUCGGGUAGGGGUCCUUCCCGGUCAGAGGAACACACACACAGUAGCUCAGGCAGUGGUCGCACAACAGUGGCCUUGCACUGGGUGGGAUCUCACUCACCUGAAUCGCAACCUCACUGGUCAGUCUGACCUCUCCAACCACCUUGACUCUUUUGAGGAUUUCCAACAUCUGACGCAUGUUUGUUUUACUACAAUGAUCCAGGGACAGGAAUCCAAUUGUACCAUCCCGGGGGAAUGGGGAGUUUAAUUUCAAUGGAAUAAAUCUCGACUGAAACCCAAAUGUGGAGAAGGGACCAGACUGGCGUGGAGAUGCCAGGGAUACUAACAUCACCUGUGAUGGGACUCUGGUCCAGCCCGUGUCUUACACUCUGCUUAACAAUGUGUUCCCUCUUCACUGAGGGACAGUGUGAGGAAGUUGCAUUAAUGGCAGUGGGGAUACAGCCAGUGCUUCACCCACCCAGAUCAGUAACACCCAAGUUCCUGAAAGUGGAAAGAAUUCCCAGACAUGGGAAGAAUCCAAGAAAUGGUCAGAGAUAUCCAUUUAAGGAAUUCAAAUUGGCAUCCGAUCAUCUCUGACUGGGGAAGGUUUCACUUCCUGAUUUAGCCACACCAAGUCGCAGCAGACUUGGGUCAAAGAUAAUUGGAAUGAAAUUUUACAGAGUGUUUUACACAAAAACAAUACAAUUUUCUCAAUUGCUGGAGGUGGAAUGAAAUGAGUUUAAUUCACAAUUUGUCGGUAAUAGGUUGGACUGUAAUAUGCGAACUCACUGAGGCGACACAAUAACCAUAUAAACAACCGCCUGACUGGGGCUUUGGAAGAUGUGCUUCUGAUUAUACCCCCCCGUCAAUGGGGUUACGGUCAGUGACACAGGGUGCUGAUGAGAGGGGUCACUGAUGAACAUUGGAGGGAGAUGUAUUAACAUCAGUGCAGACACAGUCAGUGACACCGAGUGCUGAGAGGGAGGGGUAACUGAGGGACAGUGUUAGGGAGCAGGAUUAACGCCAGUGGGAAUACAGUCAACGAUACAGAGUGUUAGGGGUCACAGUCUGUGAACGAGAACUGGGGGAGAAGGGUCACUGAGGGAUAGUAGGAGGAAGAUGGAUUAACAUCAAUGGGGAUAGUGUCAGUGUCAGUGCCACAGGGCACUGAGGGAUGAGGCUCAUUAAGGGAUGGUGUGAGGGAGCUGGACUAACAUCAGUGGAGAUAUUCUACCAUUAGGUUCAAUUUACUGUUUAUUUACUACAGACAAUUCAGCAGCCGUUCCUGACAAAGAAUUGAUGCUCAGAUCCUCGGGCCACAGAUUUGGAGGCGACCACUCGGCCCCCUUUCCACCAGUUACCUCAUUGCUGCUACACCGUCUCAUCUCCUAGAAAAGACCUAUCUCAGUCUCGUAACUCACAGUCAGUGAGUCCAGAGUGGGGCUGUGGGAUUUCCAGGAUCUCAUUAUCUCUGUGGCAUCCCCCUGAGCAACCAAAGGAAUUUCUCGAUGAGAUUGUCCCUUAAUUCUCACAUCAGUCAUUUCCCUCAUGGCUCCUGCUUUGUCCCUGCAGCCUGAGGGGGAAGGGGGGGGGGUAUGGAGCCCAGCACUGCUGCAGCUUUCACCUGUGAUGUUGUUGAACUUUCUCUGAAGCAAGGAGAGAAUGUUAUGGUUGUUCGUUGUGCCUUUGAAGCAAAGCGUUAAGGGGUGCUCUCGUCUUUGCUUCAUUGUGUGGUCUUAUCACUUAGCCUGAAGUCCCCCACCUCUUCUGCCAACCCCUUCUCCUCCUACCUCUCCAACCUGAAGUCCCCUCACCUCUUGUCUUCCCUCUUUCCAGGCCCCCCUGUCCAAUCCCCCUCUGUCAAUACCCCCCCCCCGCAUUCCUCCAGUCCAUCCCCUCUCUAGUCCUUAUUUCUGCAGUCUCACCCUCUACCACCUUCCAGUCCCCCUCCCCUCCCUCUCUAGCCCCCACCUCUCCAGCUCUUCCCCCCUCCAGCUCCCAUCUCCAGCCCCUCCAUCACUGUGUCUCAAGCACCCAUACUGGCUCUGCCUGUUUUCAAGACCCCCCCCCUCC